AUGGCUUCAUCUCCAGAUUCUAGCAGUACGGUAGAUAGGCGGCAGCGGCCUGUUUCCACCAAUCAGACUAGCGCUUCUGCACGCGCACGGACGUCUCCUCGCCCGAUCUUUCCUCAGCCAGAUGCUCCCGGUAGUGCUUCUACCAGGGAUGAACCGAGCAGUAGCUUGGACCGUCCUCGCCCUACCCUUCCUCGAGUGGUUGUCCCCACGUUCCCGGAGCGGAACCGCCCGCAGGGACAGCAGAAGCGCAACGCCGAUGCUGACCCGCCAUCCCCUCGCCAUCGCAUGACGAAACGCCAGCGCAAGGGAAUCACCGCGAAGGAGAAGCUCCACUGGUUGAAGAUGCAGGACUCGCAGCCCGACCUGUCGAAUCGCGCUCUGGCGAAGCUCGCGAAGGUGCAGCCAUGCCAGAUCCGCGAUUGGAAGAAGAUGAGGGAGCGGCUGGAGGUCUCUUCCAGCUGCCGUCGUCGCCUCAUGGGAGCUGGCCGCAAGUCCAAGUUCCCUUUCAUGGAAAGGGCGGUCUACCGCCAGUUCCUCAAGCACAGGGGGAGGGGGCUUGCCGUUUCGGACAGCAUGCUCCAGAAGUGGAGCGCCAAGUACAUGAAGCACCGGAUGCCCGGGGUCAACUGGCGCGCAUCGUUCCGCUGGGCGACUCUCCCCAUGCCGGCCGAAGAGCUGCAGGCGGCGGCAGAGGAGGCUGACGCCGCUGAGGAGGACGCGGAAGCGGCGGCGGCAGAGGAGGAGGGGGGCGUGCUUGAGGAAGGCGGGGAGGCAGAAGAGCCCAGCGAUGACGAAUGGUGGCGCCCUGGCCGCUUUGACGGGGAAGACUGUGAAGAAUGGCAUGCAGGAGACGAUUCUGAGUAG